UUCUGACGAUGCAUUCAAGACAUAAAUACAUAUCAUUGAGCGGAAUGUUGAAACGUUUUCGAUUCAGCAAUAUUCUUCGCGAUCUACAAAAAUACUCACGUAUCCUCUACAUCGAGAAAGACUGUGACCAGCGCUUCCUCUUCCCUUUCAGACACUGCUCGCUACACCAAGAACAGUCCUCAGAUCGCUCCAAUCAUGGCUACUGCGGCGACACACUCACCUUAUGGCUACAUCGGCAAUUAUGGGUUUGACUCAGCCAGCACUCUCGUUGGGUCGGUGCCAGAAACCGUUCCUAAACUUUUGAUCCUCAAGUCAGAGCCGGAAGUGGACUCGAACAUAAGAGAGAGAGUGAGAACGUUUGUCGAUAAUAAGCGCGACCAGCUUGGAGAGGAUGGGUGGCAUAGGCUCUGCAACGAGUUUCGCGUGCUCUUGCACAAGGAAGUCUCUCACGAGCCUCACCAUGAUCAAGAAGGAUUGGACCACGACAGUGUCGUCGCUCAACAUCAUGGGCAUCAUUGGAGUCGCACGAAGGCUCACUGCAAGGACGUGUUUAUGGUCGGGAAGCUGGUGGCGGAGAUCUGCAAAAUGAUCCACAAGAGGAGUCCUAAGACCGGAGUCAUGGUUACGGAGGGACCUGUCCCAGAAGAAAACGAGGGUGCAGAGAACUCGGAACAUGAUGCCGAAGAAUCCAGUGGGGGUAUGGGAGCCGUCUUAGAUGGUCUGAUAGCUUUCGGAGGCGACGUAUGGACGGUCGUGUGGGCCUUUGGUGAGAUCGUGGUCGAGAUUCUUGGUGCUUUGAGCUAAUAAGCUAUGAUGCCCGCACGCUGGUCAUAGCCGCGUUUCCCAAGAAGCCCAUUCGUUUGAUGUCAUUUGGCAGGAACUAUGAGAGGUCUUGACGUAGUGACAAACAGGAAAGAUUCGCAUUGUAUCUUACCAAAGCAAAUUUGAGG